UCAAAUUCAAAUCUAGUCAAAUCCAAAUCCAACUCCGAUCAAACCCAAUCAAAUCCAACUCCAACUCCACUCAACUCCAGUCAAAUCUAAGAUUUGGAUUUGAUUGGAAUUGGAUUUGGUGCAUCCCUAGAUAAAACGGCAAUCGGAUAGGGCAUUUGCACUCAAGAGGAUUUCGUUCGUAAAAUGAAGAAUAUGAAAUCAUACAGCUUGAAAAGAUUCCUAUGACACCAUCGAUGACAAGCUCUCUCAUCAGGUCUCCGACGUAGUGAUCAAAAGUUUAUGACAAAAAAUCAAGAAAAUAGAUUCGUCCAACAUUCAAUAAGAAACGCUAUUAUCAAGCACCUAAUCAGGCGUUAGCUGAGAUUGGUCUUCAAAAAUCUUUGAAAUCCUUGAAACUUACAGUGAAAAACCUACGUCUCUUCUGAAAUUUCUUUUCAGUUUCUGCGAAAACCUCGUCAACAGUGCCGUUAUCACGUCGGAAAAAGAAACAUGUCUUCUUCUGCUAUGCAGAAAAGGAUGAAUCUGAUUUAAGAAUUGCUGCGUUGAGGACUUAUUUCAUCGAGCGACGAUUAAGAGUUUAUCAUCCUAGAGAAAAUGAAGAUAUCAACACAGGAAUUGCAGUAGGUGUGGAGAAUGCUGCUGUGGUUCUAGUUUUUCCAUGUGCAGCAUUACAAAUGUCAAAAAGCGCAUCAAAAGUAUUGAAUUACGCCGAUCAAAUCAAAACUCCACUUCUGAUUAUUAAAAUUUAUGGUGAUUUUCAACCAACACAGUGGCUACACUCUAAAAAAAAUUAG